UUCAGUCUAGAGAUCGAGGGACAGACUCUCCUCUGUUUUGAAAGUGAAGUAGUCUUGGUUGCUAUGCUUUCUUUCGGAGAGAAGAGGACGACUAGUGGCAGCAGCAGAGAACGGGCGUGAAGGAUUGAUUUCACUAGAUAUUCAUAUUUGUGGCCAUUCAUCUUUACGUCAAACUGAAGAAGACAGAGCAUCUCCCGUUCUCGUCGACUGUAACCGCUCACUUUAUCAGAAUUAAUGUAACAUGCAAUUAGUACGGCCCAUUAGUUGCCUAUAAUGACGGCCCAUUAAAUGCCAGUACCAGUUUUACCAGCGAUCGCAUGCAGUUGCAGUGGACAAGGGAAGAAAAAAAAACAGAAGAAGAAGAGGGCACGAGGCAGCUAUCGCCGCCGCUCGAACCGUCCCCCUCGAUCCCGAGAUCCUCGCGAUAGUAGAGAGAGUGAUCCGAAAGGCGAUCGGUUGCUGACUCCACGGACUUUCCCGGUCACGGGGGAGACCGCGCUCUUCUGUCUCGUUAGCUGUCCUUUUCCGGCCACUCGAAAGGUCCUCGUCUCGCCACGAUCGGAGGGGGUAUCUGUCCCUGGAAGCGUUGGAGGAGGAGUAUUUGAUCGGUCGAACGGGGGAGAAGGUGGAUGUGAGCGCACUGCGCCAUGGAUCGGGUGGCGAUGACGGUCGGUCCGGCCAUGGAUCUUCCGAUAGUGCACGAUAGCGACAGGUACGAGCUGGUGAAGGACAUCGGAUCGGGAAACUUUGGGAUUGCCAAACUGAUGAGGGAUAAGCAGACCAAAGAGCUCGUCGCCGUCAAGUACAUCGAGAGGGGAGAGAAAAUAGAUGAAAAUGUAAAAAGAGAGAUAAUAAACCAUAGAUCACUAAGGCAUCCAAAUAUUAUAAGGUUCAAGGAGGUUAUUUUAACUCCAACCCAUCUCGCCAUUGUGAUGGAGUAUGCCUCUGGUGGAGAACUUUUUGAACGUAUUUGCAAUGCUGGACGUUUUAGCGAGGAUGAGGCAAGGUUCUUCUUCCAGCAACUUAUAUCAGGAGUUAGCUACUGCCACUCGAUGCAAGUAUGUCACCGAGAUUUGAAGCUGGAGAAUACCUUAUUAGAUGGAAGUACUGCACCUCGUUUGAAGAUAUGUGAUUUUGGGUAUUCCAAGUCGUCGGUCCUGCAUUCACAACCAAAAUCAACUGUUGGAACUCCCGCAUACAUUGCUCCUGAAGUGUUACUCAAGAAGGAAUAUGAUGGCAAGAUUGCAGAUGUGUGGUCUUGUGGUGUUACUUUAUAUGUGAUGUUAGUAGGCGCGUAUCCUUUUGAAGAUCCUGAAGAGCCUAAGAAUUUCCGAAAGACAAUACAACGUAUAUUGAGCGUGCAAUAUUCAAUUCCAGACUACAUUCACAUUUCUCCAGACUGUCAUCACCUAAUCUCAAGGAUUUUUGUUGCUAACCCUGCUGCUAGGAUAACAAUUCCUGAAAUACGCAACCACAAGUGGUUCCUGAAGAACCUCCCUGCUGAUCUGGUGGAUGAUAACAUGACGAGCAACCAAUACGAGGAGCCUGACCAACCCAUGCAAAGCAUUGAUGAGAUAAUGCAAAUCUUAGCUGAGGCGACCAUCCCUGCGGCCGGCACUCGCAGGCUCAAUCAGUACUUGACAGAUAGUCUCGAUAUUGAUGAUGAUGACAUGGAAGAUUUGGACUCUGAUCUCGAUCUAGACAUUGAAAGUAGCGGGGAGAUGGUGUAUGCCAUAUGAGAGCAUUUGAAUCAACAUACUGUGAUGAAGCCCAUCUUUUGCUCCUUUCGUUUAUAUUGGUGUCGAAUGCUUGUUAUGUUGCUCUAAUCGUAGGGGUGUGUAUUAAAGUAUGUCUACUUUAUUCGAUACAAUGUGUGCUUAAUGCUUUGCACCUCGUCAUGAGCAGUAAAACAAGGUCACACUUUGUAUGUGGAUACUAUAUGCUGUUGAAUUAUUUUCUACACUAAUAUUAUUAUGCUUUAUGCUGUUGUGAA